UCCCGCGGUCGAGCCAGCCUGCGGAAGGGACAUGCGGGUCCCGGGGCUCCCCGCGCUGGCGCUGGCGCUGCUGCUGCUGUCGCCGCCGUGCCCCGCCCGGCGCGCCGAGCGCUAUCCCCCCACCUGGAUGUCGCUGGACGCCCGCCCGCUGCCCGAGUGGUUCGACCAGGCCAAGUUCGGCAUCUUCAUCCACUGGGGCGUGUUUUCCGUGCCCAGCUUCGGCAGCGAGUGGUUCUGGUGGUAUUGGCAAAAGGAAAAGAGACCCGAGUAUGUGGACUUUAUGGCAAAAAAUUACCCUCCUGCUUUUAAAUAUGAAGAUUUUGGACCACUAUUUACAGCAAAAUUUUUUGAUGCCAAUCAGUGGGCAGAUAUUUUUCAGGCCUCUGGGGCCAAAUACAUCGUCUUAACUUCCAAACAUCAUGAAGGCUUUACCUUGUGGGGUUCAGAGUAUUCCUGGAACUGGAAUGCAGUCAGUGAAGGGCCGAAGAGGGAUGUUGUCAAGGAACUUGAGGACGCCAUCAGGAGCAAAACGGACCUGCGUUUCGGCCUGUACUAUUCCCUUUUUGAGUGGUUCCAUCCGCUCUUCCUUGAGGAUCAAUCCAGUUCAUUCCAGAAGCAACAGUUUUCAAUGUCUAAGACGUUGCCUGAGCUCUAUGAGUUAGUGAACAAGUACCGGCCCGAGGUCCUGUGGGCCGAUGGGGAUGGAGAUGCCCCCGACAGCUACUGGAACAGCACGGGCUUCCUGGCCUGGCUGUACAAUGACAGCCCAGUUCGGGACACCGUAGUCACCAAUGAUCGUUGGGGACUUGGUAGCAUCUGUAAGCACGGAGGCUACUAUACCUGCAGUGACCGGUAUAACCCAGGACAUCUUUUGCCACAUAAAUGGGAGAACUGCAUGACAAUAGACAAGUUUUCCUGGGGCUACAGGAGAGAUGCCAGAAUUGGUGACUAUCUUACAAUCGAAGAAUUGGUGAAGCAACUUGUGGAAACAGUUUCCUGUGGAGGAAAUCUUUUGAUGAACAUUGGGCCCACACUAGAUGGCACCAUUUCUCCAAUUUUUGAGGAGCGAUUAAGGCAAAUGGGGACUUGGCUAAAAGUCAAUGGAGAAGCUAUUUAUGACACCCAGACUUGGAAAGCCCAGAAUGACACUGUCAUCCCGUAUGUGUGGUACACAUCCAAACCUAAAGAAAACCGGGUCUAUGCCAUUUUCCUUAAAUGGCCCACAUCAGGAAAGCUGAUUCUUGGCGAGCCCAAAGCUAAUCUGAUGGCAACAGAGGUAAAACUGCUGGGCCACGGACGGCCACUUCACUGGGUGUCUUGGGCGUCCAGUGGCAUCAUAGUAGAACUGCCAAAGCUAACCUUUGAUCAGCUGCCCUGCAGUUGGGGCUGGACUCUGGCAUUAACCAACGUGACCUGAAGCGCGGCAGAGUGGCCGAUGCUGCGGUUCCGUCCUCAGCGAGGCCAGGCCGGCUUUAGAAAGCCAUGAGCAGCUGAACAAGAAGAAUCCAGUCAUUACUGAGCCAGCUCAGCCCUUCCUCUUCCUAUUUCCCCCUGCAUUAUCCAUGUGACCAUUAUUUUAACUUUCCAGUGGCUCGUCCAUUAAAGUCCCUUCACCUUGAUUGAUUUUGUUUCCGUGUGACUCAGAAGUGGAAGCUUUUUUUUUUUUUAGAGUAGGCAGGGGCGUUAGGAACUGUAAGUUACCCCUCAUAAUGUUAUGUUGAAGUCCUAACCUUCAGUGUGACCGUACGGUGGUGCGUCAUUUGAAAACGGGGAUGCGUUCUGAGAGAAGCUCCGCUGUGCGAACGUCACCGAGCACACUUAGGGCACCCCGGAAGGCACAGCCUCCUGCACCCCCAGCCUGCAAUCUGUACAGCACCUGCUGCCCUGAACACUGGAGACAACAGAAACACCGCAUUAGCUAUUUGUAGGCCUAAACACAGAGAAUGUACAGUGAAAAGAGGGUAUAAACUAUAAAAAAAGGAUACAUUUGUUUGGGGCUUGCCUGGAGCUCGCGGGACGGGAAGCUGGGCGCGCAGAGUGAGUGUGCGUGAAUGUGACGGUCUUGGAUGUCGCUGCGCACCGCUGCAGACUUUAUACGCUGCCCACGGAGGCUACACUACAUUUACAGGACAAUUUUUUUACUCUGCACAAUUAUAUUUGCUAGACUUUUACAUGACUGGCGGCACAGUUCGUUGAUCAGCACCAGCAUCGCCACGAUCAGGAGGGCUAUGCUGUAUGACACAUGGCUGUGAGAUCUAGGUGACAGGAACUUCUCAGCUCCAUUAUCAUUGUAUGGGGUCACCAUCCUGUAUGUAGUACAUCACUGUAUUUGGAAGUAGGGCCUUUAAAGAGGCAAAUGAGGUCAGAGAGUGGUGCCCUAAUCUAGUAGGACUGAUGUUCUCAUAAGCUGGAGAGGAGGCAGCAGGGAUAUAAGAACCAGGAGGAGAGACCACGUAGGACACAAUGACAUGGCACCAUCUGCAAGUCAAGGGCAAGAUCUCUGAAGAAACCAAAUCUGCCAACACCUUGAUCUUGGACUUUCAGCCUCCUGAACUUUGAGAAAUAAAUUUCUGCUAUUAAA